AUGGGCUGUGGUGCAUCCAGCGGGCCCGCGCCUGUCGCGCCGGUCGCGCCGGCGCCGCCGGCGGAGGCCGAUCUUGGAAUUUCACCCGCGAGGAUCGAAGCUGCGAGCCAAGGAGAUGAAAUUGCCCAGGAUGACUUCUUCAGACAGCUGUUUCGCUUCUCAGAAAACGGAGAUGAACAAAAGCUGUGUGAUCUACUGAACGCGUGGCCUGCGUCUGUGAAACAGCGUGGGGCUUGGGAGACCAGCGUCAACGCCGCGCGCUUUCAGCAGACCCGGGUCUUGCAGAACAUGUUGGACUUGGGCGUCGAUCCUCCGAUCGGCGAGGACGAUGAGGAGGUCAAUCCUUUGAUCAAGGCACUCCAGCGCGGCUAUUGGGACGUCGUUGGAGUGUUGGUGCCAAAGGCAUUGCAACACGACUUCUCUACAAAGCUCCUUGAAGAAUCUAUGUUGGACUUCGUGGUGGCAGGUGACUAUAACACGCUCAGGAGGUUCAUGAAGUCCUUCCAGAUUCCAGGCAGCGGCAAACUGCUUUGUGCCGCUUUGUUGCUGAGUCCUGACAAUCUUGGCCCAAUUGCAGACGAGAUGGUUUCCAUGAUCGUGGAGCAUAUGGAUGAUUUCAACAAACCCAGCUCGUUCACGCCUGAUGCUAAGAAGGUUAAGGUUGGAUGGGAGAGCUUUUCGCCCAUUCAUGCUGCAUGUCGGGCCAAAAAGACUUUCAACCGCAAGCUGAUUCAAUCCUUGAUCGACAAAGAAGUGGUCCUCUCGGAAUGGGGCACCGAGAUGUUUGCGGAGACGAACUGGGGGGGGAAAAGGCACAGCAAGACCUUUGCAAAGCGAUUGCCCCUGCACUAUGCAGCAGAAAACCAUCAUUCCUCCUUCAAGAUCAUUGAGCUCUUGGCGAAAGCCUACCCUGAGGCCAUGUUCAAACAUGUGGAUGACAAGCCCGGAAGGAAACUUCCGUGCCAAUGUAUCAGGCCCAGUGACGAAGCGAAACAACAGCUGGAAGAGCUGAUGUAUGAGUACGUCUGUGCGAGAUUCGACAGCGUCAACAAAUCUGAGAAAGGGGAGUGCAUCCAGUUGAUUCGGAUGGCUUUAGUCUUCGAGCAAGCUCGCACCCUAAAAGAACAUAAACUCAGCCGUGGAAAGCUCUCCUUCGUGGUUGAAGAGUUGAUGCCAACAGUUCUGGAGGCUUCGCAGGACGUGGACUUCACAGCGGAGCUGCAACGCUUCGUCGAGGCACAUCCACGGGUCGACUUGGGUCGCACCAGCGCCGCGAAAGUGGCCGUGGAGAGCAUCCACAACAUCUCAGAGGUUUUGAAGAGCGACUUUUGGCAAUUGUUGACCUUGGCAGAGUGUGGAGGAAUUGACGUGGCACAGCUGAAAGAAUUGGUCAACCAUGAGCUUGAGGCACGCUUGAAGUGGGUGGUCAGUCGGAUCUCUCGCGAGGGGGAGGGGGAGGGGGAGGGUGAGACGGCGGGUCUCGGGACAGAGGGGACGACCGAUUCACCCAGCCGGUCGGACGCGGUGCGCUACGGCAUCUUCAUCCUCAGUGGCCUGAUCGCGCAGAUCAUCGCCGCGCAGCCGAAGAAGGUGCCCAAGAAGGACGAUGAGGAGGACUAUGAGGGCCAUGAUUUUGAAGGGUUUGAAGAAGAUGAAGAUGCCGGUGCGGAGUCCGCCGUAGCUGAAGUACUGUGCUCGGUGGGUGCUACUUUGCAGUCGAGCGAGACGCUGGACGUCAUUGUUGGGGCAUAUUGUCAGGAGCUUCAGCUUCCCAAAGAUUGGAAUCUGCUUGGUGUCUUGCGUCAAGGGCUCGAUGGCUGUGCAGUGAAUGGCAUUUUCUUUUCCGGUGGUGAUCUGGUGAUGAAGAAGUAUGUGCCUGUGCGGAGUGCCACCUUCGAGUGGAUCCGGGGCUUGUUUGAGAACACCUUUUUGCAUCGCUACACUCGAGAUCGCAGGGGAGGGAAGGUGCCAGAUGCUUUGACCGUGGAAGAGGUCGAUCAGGUCUUCAAUUGUGGAUCUUGGUUGGAAUAUGAAAUAAGACGGCAGAAAGUCUACCAAGAGCUACAAGAAAAGGGCCCUGCCUGGACGGGCGAAUUCCGAACGGAUGUGUGCACGAAAGGUGAGAGGGCCGAGUGGUUCCAGAGCGAUCAGUACCCGGGGGGCAUCAAUGAGCACUGGCUGUAUCAUGGCACGUCAGGAGCAGGUGAAAGCGGCAUCACAGAAGGAGAUUUCCGGCUGAAUUUAGCUGGAAGCAAUGCUGGUACCCUGUACGGCAAUGGAGCAUAUCUCGCUGAGGCUGUAUCGAAGAGUGGCGAAUACACCACUCCCCAUGGUGCCAAGAAUCUUCGUACCAUCCUGCUGUGCUUGUCGUGUCUGGGCCGUGUGAACUACAACGAUGAAAAGCGACCGGACGGUGAUGAACUCGCCAACUCCUGCAAGGGGGGUGGAUUUCAAUCCAUCCUCGGUGAUCGGGAGAAGAUCCGUGGAACCUAUCGAGAGAUCAUUGUCUUUGACGACAACUUGAUCUAUCCAGGGUAUAUUUGUCGAUACAAACGUGUAGAAAAAGAGAAAGAAGAGUCAUGA